AUGGCCGUCGACCAGCGGGAAUACGACUAUUUGGUGAAGGUAGUGCUCAUCGGAGACUCCGGCGUGGGCAAGUCGAAUCGUGCGUUGCUCUCGCGCUUCACGCGCGGCGAGUUCAACCCCGAGAGCAAGUCGACGAUUGGCGUGGAGUUCGCAACGCGCUCGAUAGAGAUUGACGGGAAGGUGGUGAAGGGGCAGAUAUGGGACACCGCGGGCCAAGAACGGUUCCGCGCCUUGACAUCCGCAUACUACCGCGGUGCUGUCGGCGCUGUAGUCGUGUACGACAUCUCGAAACACGCUUCGUUUGACAAUGUCCCGCGGUGGGUAAACGAGCUGCAGGACAACAUCAAGACCGCGGAGGGCUCCUUCAAGCUUCUCCUCGUCGGCAACAAAAGCGACCUCGCAGCGGCCGGCCAGCGCGCCGUCCGUGUCGAGGAGGCAGAGCAGCUCGCGGAGGAGCACAACAUGAGCUUUAUGGAGACGAGUGCGUUGGAUGCGACCGGCGUCGAAGAGGCCUUCCAGAGCAUAUUGUCUGAUAUAUUCAACAUCCUCUCGCACCGCCGGCCAGAAGACGACGCCCCCGGGUCGACGAUCGAUGCGUCCAAGCUGGCGGGCACGACGAUUACCCCGGGCGUGGACCAGCCGCAGGGCGGGAAGUGCUGCUAG